AUGAACAUUAACCCGGACUCAGCCAAGGAAAUCCCUUGUAAGAACGUUACCAUCUACGGGUUUUGCAAAUACGAGAAGAAAGGUUGUGUGUUUAGCCACGACAACUCCACUCUGGGCUCUCUGAAGACUUUGACACCAAAGGCGUCGUCCUCAAAGCUUAAUAGCGCCGAAUCUCAAAGUAUGGCUCGGAACAACGGAGCUGCUGGGGAAUCUACCUCCAAGAAGAAGUUCAACGCCAGCACACCUUCAUUCCAGCCGUCGGUGCAGAGCAUCACCAAUAAGUUCUCGUCGUUGUCGCCCAAAUUGAAAGACCUUCCGCUGUUUGUGCCUGCUAGUCUCGAAAAAGAAGACACGGUUUCCACUCCGACGCAAACAAAGAAGUUCAAUGCCUCCACCCCUUCUUUCACCCCAUCGUAUGAAAGCUCGAACCAUUUCAAUAAUUCAGCGUUGGGAAGCGACACGCUGCAACUGGUGUUUUCACCACUGAUCCACGCACAGCUGUCGAUGUUGGGAGGCUCUGGAAUAUCUGGGCAGCAACAGCUGCAAACCCAGCAGAAUCCGUAUCUCGCAGGUCCCACACCACCUCCUCUUGGAGGAUUGGGCAGCAUGGGCUCGAGCCAGGCUUCUGACUUUAUGUUUUCAGGCGGCCAGUCAUCAUCGACCUACACCCUAAACAACCACUUGUACGCCCCAGCGCCACCACCUCGGUUGGCGAUGUCCUUGAACGACCACCAAACUAAUGUUAAUGACAUGUUUAUUCCCAACAACUUGCGAGAAGAGCUCAUGAAGAAGAACGAAGCCACAUUACAGACCCUUCCUCUGCUGACAUUACCAGACCACGUUGGCGAGUACCACUCGUUGGUGCCAAUGGACGUAACUUUCACCCAACCUUCCAAGAUUUACGACUUGCCAAGCUAUGUCUAUAAAGCAACAUCCAACGUGAACGGUCUCCCGUAUGCUAUACGCCGCAUAGACUUCAAUAGCAAGGCACAGUUCUCGCAGGAAAUCGACCUCCGUCCCUUUGUGAAAUGGAAAAAGAUCAAGAACCCAAAUGUGGCUCGUGUGCUUGACGCCUUCACUACGGUUGCUUUCGGCACUUAUGAGCCCGUUUUGAGCGUGGUUUACGAUUAUUUCCCGCUCGCCAACACUUUACAGGAACAACAUAUCACCAGGAAACUCGGAAGCAAACUAGAACCCAUCACAGAAGACAUCCUCUGGUCAUACUUCACCCAAAUCACCAACGCACUCAUUCACAUCCACACUCAUACAUUAACGGCAGGGUCGUCCUUGUCAUUAUCGAAGAUUUUGGUCACCAACAAAGGCAGAAUAAGGCUUGCAGCUGUUGGUAUAGAUGACGUUUUAAACAACGAAGAAGAGAUUGCAUUCGAGCAGGCUCAGCAGAAGGAUUAUGAACUCUUCAAACAGACUAUACUUGAGCUAGUAAAGACCACUGUUCCUCAGAGUUGGCGCCAGGAUGAUUACGAUACAGUUGUUUCGAAGUUGUCGAGUUUAUCUACAGUGACUUAUAGUGAGGAGCUUAUUGAAACGCUUAAGGCCUUCUCCAAGCUUGGCGAGGUGUCCUUGAAAGACUUCUUCAGGAAGCACCUUGCGCUUCGGUCGCUCAGGGUACUCAGCGGCUUCGAGGAUCUGUCCGACUACAUGGAGAGCCAACUCACCUCCGAGAUCGAGAACGGCCGUCUUUUCCGUUUGAUGGCCAAGCUUGACUUGUUGGUGAACCUACCAGAGAAGGACAAGGCCGACAAUGGCAGUUUUUACGUUAUAAAACUCUUCCACCAGUUUGUGUUCAACUCCUACGACGAGUUUGGCAAACCCGUGGUGGAUCUUUCUAGGAUACUUGUCAACUUGAACAAGCUAGAUGCUGGAGUUGAUGAGAAGAUCUUGCUCAUAUCUGCCGAGGAAGACAGCUGUAUUAUAGUGAGUUAUAAGGAGGUGAAGAACAUUAUAGAGCUGACGUUCAGAGGCUUUGCUCCCAACAACUCCAAAUAUUACAAUGACCACCUCAACAAGUCGCAGUUCAACCUCAUUCUUACGAACUGCGCUGUUAACUUGAUGAAGAUGCUCUACCCGGCCUCUGCGGUCCAGGUGGAUGACGUCAAGCUCAGAUUUUUCAUCAUUGAGAUCUUGAGGAGAUCCAAGGCUCUGACUCAGACUUUGCAGAUUUGCUGCUUUUACAUGUACAAGCUCAUCAACAAGAAGCCUGAGGAGUUGCCCAAUUGCCCCAAGAAGUUGUUCUUGGCUUUGAUUAUCCUUCUGUCCAAGUUCAACCAGGACCACAACUACUCUUUCAAACUGUGGCUCAAGAUCUGUGGGUGCAAAGGAACGGACGACUCGAGCUUGAAUCUCCAGAAAUUGCGUCAAACGGAAACACAGUGUCUCCAGCUUCUCAACUACGACCUUUACAUAAACGGGGCUAAGUACGAGAACUGGUGCAAUGUGCUUUUGAUUUUUGGCUACGACUUUAUUCUGAUGCACCAUGUGCAUCUGGGAAUGCUUAAUUGGUGUAGCGAAGCCGACUGUCAGAAGAAGCUUUUCCGUUGGACCCUGUUCUUACACAAAAUGGACGAGCGCCGCCUUGGAAAAGUGAGUGUGAAUUUUAAACACUAUUAUGCUGGUCAGAUGGGCACUAAAGUUGUCACCAGCGAUGUCAAGCCUAAUUCGCUCUUUGGCAAGCGUACCUUGGAUGACGCUGCCCCUUCUUCAAAAAGAGUCUGCCCCUAA